AAGUGGGGUCCAAUGCUGUUUUGAAACAUUCUUCAAAAUAUCUUCUUUUGUGUUUCGCAGGAGAAAGUCAUACUUGUUUGGCGAAACAUGAGAGUGAGUAAAUGAUGACAUUUUUCUUUUUUGGGUGAACUAUACCUUUAAAGGAGACAUUAACACCUAAAACAUAAUAAAAUAUUUGUAAGAAGUGUUUUUCUUUUCUCACUCUGUUUUAAAGUAGACUUGACAGCUAGAAGCUAAAAAGCACAGGCUCACAAGUAUUUAUUUCAAGCGAUAUAUUUUGGUUUCCUCAAAAUGUGCUGAGGCAGUGUGUUAGCAUUUUAGGAAUUGUGUUAUAACAAAGACGUAACUUACAACCACUAGAUGUUUAUCUUUGGAAAGAUAAGGCAUCUUGUGAAUGGCGAGGCGUUAAAUACUCCCUAUUUGUAUCCAUGAAGCUGGGUGUAAAGGGGGCAGGAAGGGCUGAAGAAAGCCAGGUUCAGUUGAGAACCUGACAAUUCGAUCCCAUUGAUGUGUUUCAAGAAGCAGCGGUACUGUAACUCAAGACAAAUACCAUGUCAGAGUUUGUGAACUAUUCUAAGCAUCAGUUGCUGACACCGAGGCUGGGGGGCUGGGAGGUGGCACACCAAGCGGCUUAACAAGGCCCACCCACAGGAACUGCCACCCUCUAUGUGGACCAUUGACUCCCUCUGCUUCACCGUUGUGAAAUAUCUGGCUGUUUUUAGACUUGUUCACAUGAUGUCCUAACCUCUGCUGUAGCUCGGGACUGAAUAUUACCUAAAGUUGAUCUUCUUUGUUAAGAGUCCUUCACAGCCGUGGUGCUUGAGCCUCUUGACGGUGUGUGGAAGAUCUACGGAUAACCGUCUUUUGUGACCUUGGAUCUUUUCAGAGGCUGAAGCUGGAUUCCACCAGAGACACAUGGUCCAGAGUGACAAGGCCAUCUGCUGUAGCGCCAGUGCAGUGGGAGGGAGGGGAAAGAUGAAGGGGUGGUUUGUGGGGGGGUGAGUGUACAGAGAAUUCCUCCCCCUUCGGGUGUGGAGGGAGUAGAUAUUCUGGGAGAUCAUUGCCAGUACCUUGGAUUGAGACUUAUUUCUUUAGUGUCACAUUUUUUUACUUCAGAUUUCUUUCCCGGCUUUCUGGAGCAACUGAGGUUGGAUCUUUAAUGUCAAGAGAUCAUGGUUUUGUGAUUCUUAUGUGUUUUCAAAGUGAUGAGCAAUGGGGAUCUGGACUCUGAAGACCUUUCAAGCAGUGGAUCCAGUUUCUUCAACAUCUCUUUGCACCCAAAGCUGAGAGUUGUGGAUCAGCGACGCAAGUGGGUGCAGACCUCUGGUGUGGAUUUUUGCUAACACGUCUAUUGUUUUGGUGAGUUGACGGUGAAAGACAAAAAACGGUACGCUUGCGCUUCCCUAGAGGACCGAAGAGCCAAGCGGAUGGUUAUUUUUAUGAGGGACUUUGUAGCAGAAAUGGGUCAGGACCAAACCAAACAGCAGAUUGAGAAGGGACUGAAGCUUUAUCAGUCAAAUGACACAGAAAAGGCUUUAUAUGUCUGGAUGAAAGUGUUAAGAAAGACAUCUGAUCCUGGGGGGAAAUUUCGAGUUUUAGGUUGUCUGAUCACAGCACAUUCGGAAAUGGGGAAAUACAAGGAGAUGCUACAGUACUCCCUAGCUCAGAUAAACACAGCCAGAGAGAUGGAGGACCCGGACUACCUGACGGAGGGCUACCUGAACCUGGCACGCAGCAAUGAGAAGCUUUGUGAAUUCCAGAAGACAGUCUCAUAUUGUGAGACCUGCUUAAACAUGCAGGGCACCACUGUUAGCCUACAGCUCAAUGGGCAAGUGUGUUUGAGCAUGGGCAAUGCCUACCUGGGCCUUAGCGUUUUCCAAAAAGCCUUAGUGAGCUAUGAGAAGGCCCUGCGAUAUGCUCACAACAACGAUGACAAGAUGCUGGAGUGCCGGGUCUGCUGCAGUUUGGGCAACUUCUACAUCCAGCUUAAGGAUUAUGAGAAAGCACUCUUCUUUCCUUGCAAAGCAGCUGAACUCGUGAAUGACUAUGGUAAGGGUUGGAGUCUCAAGUACCGUGCCAUGAGCCAGUAUCAUAUGUCAGUGGCCUACAGGAAGCUGAUGCGCUUAGCAGAUGCAAUGGAAUGCUGUGAGGAAUCAAUGAAGAUUGCACUGCAGCAUGGAGAUCGGCCGCUUCAGGCAUUGUGUCUGCUUAACUUUGCUGAUAUUCAUCGCUGUCAGAAAGAUGUUGAUAAAGCAUUCCCUCGCUAUGAGUCCUCCAUGUGCAUAAUGUCAGAGACUGGCAACCGCCUUGGACAAGCAUCCAUCAACGUUGGUGUGGGGAAGUGCUGGAUUCUGCAGAAGGAAUACGAUAAGGCUUUGGACUCAUUGCAAAGAGCACAUGAUCUGGCCAAGGCAACUGGAAACAAGCUGUGUAUCCUGAAGGUGCACAGUCUGUGUGAAGGCAUCUACCGCUGUAAGGAGCAGCAGGAGGAGUUGAGAGAGCAGGUGGUGAAGUUCCUGCAGUGUGUGGAAGAGCUAGAGCUCUACUGUGGCAUGUGUGGGGAGUCUAUUGGAGAGAAGAACCAGCAGCUGCAGGCCUUGCCCUGCUCUCACAUUUUCCACCUCAAGUGUCUGCAGACAAACGGCACAAAGGGCUGUCCAAAAUGUCAUCGUUCCUCAGUUAAGCUGGGUUUUGUAUGAGAUUACACUCCUGCCUUGGACGAAAUGGCAGAAUCCCAUCGCAGUGACCCAUCUGGGAGCAAAAGUUCCAGGGCCUUCUUUCAGGAAGCUUUCUAACUGGACAAAAGGAGAGUUUCCGGUAUUUCCACGCUGUCUUUAUGGUAACAGGGAAUAAUGUGGAAAUGACAGGAUAUGGGAAUAGUUCAACACAGAGACGUCAUGAAAGACUACGGAUAUUUCUCUGAACUGACCUUAUAAUGCUGCACUGGUGUAAGACAGAAACAUUAAAAACAGCCUUUUGGACAAUGCAGCAUUGCUGUCCUGUCAGUGAGGAUAUCCAUCAAAGAGGUGAGAGCUUCACAUAUCACAUGGUUUCCUAAUGGACAUUAUUGCUCUAUUAUCACAGCUGAACAUAACAAAACAUGUAUAUUUGAAACUUUCUAAGUGAUUUUCAAGAAAGUUUCAAGCUCUAAUCAAUUUCUUCAAGAUUGUGUAAAUAAUUAAUAAAUGCUACAAUCAAUGUAAUUUUAAAAAGAUAAAGGUGUUCUCUGUCAGCGCUAUAAGAUAUGCUGAGAGAUGCUGUUCUGUUUGAGUUUGUUUGAGGUUUGUUUUGAGAUUGUAGUAAACUCAAAUGUCUCUAACUGCCUCCUGUUAGUGAACUGUAAUAUUCUGAAGUAACAGGGGCAUGUGUUCAACUUAUUAACUUGACCAAUUAUGAAUUUUGUUAAUUAUUUAUGACAAUUAUUUAUGAAUUUUAAUAAGGAUCUUAUACAGUACACAGCAUUACUAUGUUUCUGAUAACAGCUGAAUUCAUUUAUUUUACGUUGAAUCAACAAAAUGUGAAAAGAAGUUUCUUUAUUCAAUACAUUUGUGCAGCUAGAAGUGUAGUUUGCUGAUAUCAGCUUGAAAACCUUAUAAAUAAUCUCCUUUAUUUUCUUAAAAUCUUUAGAGAUUCACAAAAGUGCAUAUGCAACGAACUGUUUAUACAUUUUUCCCAACAUGUAUAGCACUAAAGUAUUUGAGUAUGUUUAAUCAGAAUGGCCCAAAGUUGGUUUUUAUCUUUAUUUCUUUGUGGGCACUUUCAUUUCAUUUUUUAAUCAAAAAUAAAUGUAAGCAAAUUGCCAUAUGUAUGAUCAAUUUAACCUAUAUCAUCAACAUAUAUGAUGAUAUUUUCUUUGAUAAUCUGAUUAAUAUUCAUAUUAUUUUGUUAAUGGCUAACUAACAAUUCUCUAACCUUUCAUAAAUGCUACAUUGAUUUCUCAUCAUUUUACUGUGUAAGGACUUCAGAUAGAAUCUGGGGUCUUGUGCAUGUUUCUUCUGACUCCUGCUUUAUAAGCGGCCCUUCUUUUUUGACACUUUUACAGUUAUUCCAUAACUAAAUAAUAAAAGACAAAUAAAACACAUCCAAAGACAUUUUGCUAUAGCUCUCGCCCCAAGCAUAGGCAUUUGCAAUGGAACCAUUUGUAAUGGUUAAUGUUGGAUGUGAUCAGGCGUAUUCUUAGAAAUAAAUAAUAAAACAACAUGACAUGGAGAUUUCUUGUUGAACUUAUUAAUAUAUAUGGGAGCAAUAUGCAAAAAUGCUGCUUAUUUAUUUCUCUUUUACCAUACUUUUAUUUUUAUAGUAACCUCCUUGUCCUAUUCUAGCUAAUCUCCCUGUUUACUAACUGCAUGCUGGGUAAAGUGGUUUCACAUCCUGGUUGUCAACACUUCAUAACUACCUCUCCACAUUUGUCCCUCACAAUACUUGCAUAUUUAUGCAGUAGAAUCUUCUGAAAAUGAGACUGAGCACAUUGUUGAAUUGAGAGAAGUCCUAUAUACAUAUGUUCAAUGGACUUUUUCUAGUAAAUAUUUAAUAAAAUAUUUUUUGCAGCUUUUUUUCUGAUUAAGACUCGUCAUGAACAAAACACCCAAGUAUAAUUAGCCAUUGUAAGGUCUGUUUUGGGUUUUGUUUCAUGUUCUUGUUUUCAUGUCUUUUAUUUUGUAAUUUGAGUCAUGCUGUUUGUGUCAUGCUUCCCUUGCGCUCAUGUAUUUCUGUCAAGUUCUG